ACGGGCCGGCCGGGCAGGGCCGUACUUCGGCCACGGCCUCGAUCCAGAACGAUUUGGGACAGCGAUCCGCGCGGUGCCAUAAGAUGUCUAUUGCAGCGGCCUUUAAGGAUCACGAAAUCUUCGUAACCGGCGCCUCGGGUUUCGUUGGAAAGGCCCUCAUCGAGAAGCUGUUGCGAUCAUGCCCCAGCCUGAAGAGAAUCUACCUUCUGAUGCGUCCCAAGAAGGGGCACAGCAUUGAGGAGCGCCUGCAGCUGCAGGGGGAGACAAAGUUGUAUGACCGCCUGCGCAGGGAGCAGCCGGAUGCGUGGUCCAAGCUUGUGCCCAUUGCCGGCGACGUCGAACAGCUGGGCCUGGGCAUUAGUGCGGCGGAUCUGGAACGGCUGCGCAAUGUGACCAUUGUCUAUCACUCGGCGGCCAGUGUACGCUUCGACGAUCCGCUGCGUUCUGCCAUCCUAAUGAACACCCGGGGCACCCAUGAGCUGGUCAAACUGGCCCUGGCCUGGAAGAAGUUGCGUGCCUUUGUCCACGUGUCCACCACGUACUCGAAUCCGAGCGUGCUGGAGGUGGAGGAGCGCAUCUAUCCGCCGCUCGCCGAUUGGCGCACCACCAUCAAGCUGGCGGAGACCUACGACGAGGAGACCCUCGACAUAUUCAACCUCAAAUAUGGCAACUUUCAGCCCAAUUCGUACACCUUCACGAAGAGUCUGGCCGAGCACGUGGUGAACGAGUACAAGGAUCAGCUGCCCAUCUUUGUAUUCAGGCCAUCUAUCGUGGUGUCCACCAUUGAGGAGCCUGUGCCUGGUUGGGCGGAUAACUUUAACGGCCCCACCGGCCUGCUGGUUGCCUGCGGCGUGGGCAUCCUGCGCUCCCAGAACUGCGAUCCCAACAUCGUUUCCGAUUUCGUGCCCGCCGAUGUGGUGGCACGCGGCCUGAUCCUGGCCGCGUACAAGUUCCUGGUCGAGCCGGAGGCAAGGGCCAAGGACAAGCCGCUCUAUGUGGUCAACUGUGCCACGGCCAAUAUCUCGACCAUCACCAUGGGCGAGGUCAUCGAGAUUGGCAAGACCUACAUCCGUGAGAAUCCCUUCGAGAAGACGCUCUGGCUGCCCGGCGGCAGCAUGACCUUGUGUCCGGUUCUGCAUUUCGUACGGUUCUGCACCAUGCACCUGCUGAUGGCUGUUGUGGUGGACACUCUGCUGCGGCUGUACAACGAGAAGCCUUUCCUCAUGAAGCUGCAGCGACGCAUUUUUGCUGCCUUCAGUGCGCUGCAGGUGUUUGCCGCCACGGAGUGGCACUUUCAGAAUCAGAAUUUUCGUGCCCUGCACAAUCUGGUGCCUGAGAAGGAAAUUGAUUGUUUUGGAUUUAUGCAGCAUGCAAAUAUCGAUUAUGUGGAGUUCUUUCAGCACGCCAUUCGUGGCGCCAAGGAGUUUCUGCUGCACGAGAGCCCCAUAAGCAGCAAGAGUGCCCGUUUUCGCAUGAAGAUCUUCUAUGUGCUGGACUAUCUCUGCCGGGCCAUUGUCUAUAGCUUCUUGCUGCGCCUUAUCUACCGAUUUGUUGUGAGCCUUUGGUAGGCUCCGCCACACACACUACUAGCUGUUUUUUUUUUUUUUUUACUUUCUUUCUCCGCUUAGCA